GUGUCCCAGGUUCUAGAGGAAGUCCCGGCUUUCAAAGCUUUCCCGGAAUGCAGGGGCCACGUGGAGAUGAUGGGCAUAAGGGGGAAAAGGGAAGUCCCGGGGAAGCAGGUGACAGCGGUAUCCCAGGGUUACCUGGGCCACCUGGCAAACCAGGAGAAAAGGGGUCUGCUGGCAAUCAAGGAAUACAAGGACUACCAGGCAAAGAUGGACAAAUGGGAGAAAAAGGGAGUAGAGGCCUUGCUGGUCCACCUGGAUAUCCAGGAGAGCCUGGAGCACCUGGCAGGGAUGGGAAAGAUGGAAUUCCUGGAGGAAUUGGUCUAAAGGGAGAUCCAGGACUGCCUGGAAUUCCUGGAGUGGAUGGAAGAGAGGGACAUCCUGGCAUACCUGGUAUACCUGGAAAUGAUGGUCAGAGGGGAAUGAAGGGUGAAGCUGGCUUGCCAGGACCAAAAGGAGCCAAAGGUACACCUGGAGACCCUGGCGAGAUUGGAUUGCCUGGGAUACCUGGUUCAAGUGGACAGCCUGGCCCUAAGGGCACUAAAGGGAACAGUGGAGAGGCCGGUCAACCAGGACCUCCAGGGCUAGAGGGUAAGCCUGGAGAACCUGGGGCAGCUGGCCAACCUGGACAUCCAGGAAUGCCAGGAUCACCUGGACUGAAGGGUCAAAGAGGAGAAGCUGGUGAAAGAGGAGUAGAUGGGAUGAAAGGUGAAAAGGGAGAUUCUGGGCGACCUGGUGUUCAUGGUUUACCCGGGCCAGCUGGCCAGAAAGGAGAGAAAGGGACAUCAGGAGAGCCCGGUCAGAGGGGUCAGAUCGGCCAUCAGGGGCUCCCUGGACAGACAGGACAGACAGGACCCUCGGGGCCCAGAGGACUGAGUGGAGAAAUAGGCCCCCCGGGAACAACUGGACCGGAAGGACGACCUGGCAGAGAGCUGUCUGAGCAACAUAUUCGGCAGAUUUGCAGAGAUGUCCUUCGAUCUGAGAUUCCUGCUCUACUAUUGAGUAGCCAAUACAGUCAUCACAGAAGCUGUGAACACUGCUACACACGGGUGGGACCCCCAGGGCCUCCAGGGCCACCAGGUCCUCAUGGCUCUCGAGGAUUCCCAGGUUUAUCUGGUUCUAAUGGGCUGCAAGGUCAACGGGGUUUACCUGGGCGGCCUGGUGUCCCUGGCAUGAAAGGUGAUCCAGGAGAAAUGGGUGAGAAAGGAAAUCAAGGACGCUCACAAAUUGGAGACCCAGGUCUCCCAGGACCACCAGGUCCAAUGGGUCCACCAGGGGUUGGAAAACCAGGUCACCCAGGUAAGCCAGGCCCACCUGGUCACAACGGCGAGGAGGGGAAGAGGGGGCACCCCGGCGAGCCCGGUCAGCCAGGCGUGUGCCAUCCUUCCAUGUGCUACGGCGCAAUGUUGCGAAGAGAUGCUUUCAGUAAAGGGCCAAACUAUUGACACAGCUUUGGCUGAAAUGCAGACAGUCUGGAUCCGGUGCUGCUCAGUGAAUGAAAGAAAACAAUAACAGCGAAUCUUUCCAAUCUCAGGAUGAUCAUAUUUUUCAAGAGUGUCUCACACUCAUGGACACAUGAAGUACCUCUUAAAGUGUAAAUAAUAUGAUGUUGCCUACAUUAACACCACCGAUUGUCCAUGACUCUUAUGUCUUUCUGUGUCACAAGCUGAGAUGUGCCAUGAUUUAUUCACGCUGUUUGUCAUGAGGCAUGAAACGCAUCAGCCUAAUACUUGUGAAAAGCAUCCUGUGUGAGGAGCUCUGCAACACUCGCAGUGGAAAUUCUACCUAGACAUCGACUUCCUUCCUCACUCUCUUGCUCCCCCAUGUGGCAUUCAACCAUCACCAGCCAAUCAUCUCGUUGUAUUUAUGAAGGUAGAUUUACUGUCCAUUUUGCAUUUGUGUUUCUUUUUGGUCUGAUGUUUCUUUUACUGCUUGCAAGCUUGUCAUGGGAGGAGUGGGAGUUCUUCUGCAAUGCUUCAUGCUUUCUUUCCUAUAUUGACGUCUCUCCGAUAUCUAUAAUAAUUCUUGUCCCUUUAGGUAGUGCUUACUAGGGUUCCCACAUCUUUUGACCAAUGAAUUUCCAUGAUUUUUUUUCAGGCAUUUGU